CAUUACACCGACGCACCACCAAUGUCAAACUGAGCUGACACUGACCGCACUGAGUUGUUUUUUUUAAUUUAACGUUUCUUUUCCACUCGCAGGUCUGUUUCAAACGCUUAGACGCGACACUUUAAAACAAUCCAAUUGUACAUAUUGUCACUUUUACGUAUCUUUGUCGCGGGCACUCGCAGGAGAAUCUAAGCGGUCAGGAUGCGUCUCACGCUGCAUAUGUUGAUCUCACACGGCCGGGUGGCCCGGAGGAUGGGAAUGGGACCGGAGUCCCGGAUCAACAUGCUGCGGAACAUCUUGACGGGACUGGUCCGACAUGAGAGGGUCGAAACCACGCUGGGCAGAGCAGACGAAGUCCGCUUCUACGCUGAAAAGCUGAUUGACUACGCCAAAAAGGGGGACACUGAUGAGAAGGCUAUGAAAAUGGCCAAUUUUUGGCUGACGGAGAAGGACCUGGUCCCAAAGCUCUUCAAGGUCCUUGCCCCGCGGUUUGAGACUCAUUCGAGAAGCUACACACGGAUGGUGCGCAUCCCCAACAGACAGAACCUGGACAGAGCUAAGAUGGCUGUCCUGGAGUACAAGGGCAACCCCUUCCCACCUCUGUUUCCAGUGAAAAAGCAGAAUGAACUGACUCUCAUCAACCAGCUGCUGAAAGGCUACAGAGAGGAGAGGGCACAAGAGCUGGCUGCAAAGUCAUAGUUCACACGAUGGCCGUUGAUAAAUGUUUGCUGCAGACUGAUGGUCGGAAGAUGAACAUCUACUAGAGUCACUCUUAAUGUGUGGCCUAAAGAGACUGAUUCAGGUUUUUCACCUAAACAACAGCUCGAAAACGACAUUGUCAGCUGCAACGAAGACCAUUUGUCAUUGUUGUAUAUUAAUAAAUGUGAUUUCCUACCAAAAGUAA